UUUCAGGAUUUGUUCGUGUGUGAAAGAAAAGAAAGAAAGAAAAAAAAUGGCAAUUAUGACUAAUAAAUUGGCACAAAUUGCCAAUGAUCUGCAUGAGAUGCAGCAAUUGAUUACCGAUACGACCGACUAUCUGCAGGAGAUUGGCGACGCCAUCGACAAAUGGAAAACUGAUUUGACCACGACCGCAACUGUUUACGAAUACAAAGGCAAACUGUCCGAGCUAGUCCUGGGCCUGGAGUAUAUACAUGCUGAGCAAAGCAAGCUGCAAGCCGAGUUUAAGGAUAUCGAAGAGGGCAAGAAUAUUGCGGCCGUGUUGCCAGAACUGAAGGAGAAAUUCCAACAAUUUGGCUGCCAACUGUUGCUGGAUCAAGAUGCGCAGCAGAACAUCCUCUAUACGUUCGAUUUUGGCGAAGGACGCUGCAUUACCGUCAAAGAGCUGAACUUCCAAUGGUCCCUUGUGGAGUGCACUGCGCAGAUUCUGGACUUCAAUACACUCAAUGCAUAUUUAAACAAUUCCCAGGAUGUUAUUGGCCUGCUAGCUGUUGUCCAGGAAAUGAUAUCCACAGCCACAUACAAUUAAGCUAGCAUAUGCAUAUUUAUUGAAUUUAUACACAUCCACAUUGAAUGCUCAAAAAUGUUCGCAAUUCCUUAAUCGAAUGCAUAAACCAAAUGUACAAUCUGUUGUGCAACAUCAAUUGUUCACAGAUUAUAGAUAAUUUAGGAUUAAUUUCGAAUAUGAUAUCAACUCGAUGUACGAUUGAUUGUUCCUAUAAAUAAGUAGCUGUAAUAUCUGCCUUUGCAACUGACAAAGCCCUCAGCCCUCUGCCCUAGGGCAUAUUUGCGGAUCUCAGUUUGGAGAUCAGGCAAACUUUUGGAGCAUUCGGCACGCCGACUAGCUGCCCUAUCAAAGGGAUGCGCCUCCGCAGGGCAACGAUCUAUCAUCAUUCAAAUAGACUAUAUAUAUAUAUAUAUAUAUAUAUAUAUGUAUUUGUAAUAUUUAAUUGUGCACAUAUUAAUUCAUAUAUUUGUUGCAUUAUCUAACGCCUGGUAGAGUUCAGAGCUGAACGAUUCCAGAAUUUCAAUUCAUAAAUUGAUUUAUAACAGAGCCCAAAAUUCCUUACAAUAAGAUAUAUAAAAUGUUAUUAUUCGUUUAAUGAGACUUUUCUCAAAUGAAAGUUUAGAUAGUUCAAGCACCUC